AAAUAUAUGGACACGUCGGGAAUACAUCCAUAUAGGAUAAACAAAGAUUACGUCUUUUUUAUUAAUCAGCGACGUGAGAGUGAUAAUCAUCGUAGUAGAAAUAAUGUUCCGCAUAAAUGCAAAGUCUGUGAAUGGGAUCUUAAAGAAGCUACUUCUUCUGACUUGUUCUGUUCCAUAGAAUGCAAGUUUAGGAACGCUCUUGGAUCACAACUGGAUGACCUUAUGGAGAAUCCAGAAGAUGUUGUUGUUGAGCCCGUUGUGAAGAAGAAACAUAGGAGGAAAGGGAUUCCAUAUAGAUCUCCUUUCUAUUAG